GCCCUCCGGCUUUCCGAAAGGAGGUUGCUGGCCAAAGAUGGCGGAUGGGGUGUUGAGCGCCGGCGUCAACCUGGAGGCUUUCGCCCAGGCUAUUGCGGCUAUCCAGGCGUUGCGCUCCAGCGUCACGCGCGUCUUCGAUUGCCUCAAGGACGGCAGGCGCAACAAGGAGGCUUUGGAGGGCCGUGAGAAGAGCUUCGUCUCCAGCUUCCAAGAGAGCCUCCACUCCGUCAGCCGAGACUUGGGUGAACUGGAACGUCUAAGUAAUCUUGUAGGCAAGCCAUCAGAGAACCAUCCUCUCCACAAUAGUGGAUUGUUGAGUUUAGAUCCUGUUCAGGACAAAACACCCCUCUACAGUCAGCUGCUUCAGGCUUAUAAAUGGUCAAAUAAGUUGCAGUACCAUGCGGGGCUGGCAUCUGGUCUUCUGAAUCAGCAGUCUUUGAAACGGUCAGCCAACCAAAUGGGGGUGUCUGCCAAGCGGAGACCGAAAGCCCAGCCUACCACCCUAGUGCUUCCACCUCAGUACGUUGAUGAUGUGAUCAGCCGCAUUGAUAGAAUGUUUCCUGAAAUGUCCAUCCACUUAUCAAGGCCAAAUGGGACCUCUGCAAUGUUACUGGUUACAUUAGGAAAAGUGUUAAAAGUCAUAGUGGUAAUGCGGAGCCUCUUCAUUGACCGAACAAUUGUCAAGGGGUAUCAUGAAAAUGUAUACACUGACGAUGGCAAGCUUGACAUAUGGUCCAAGUCCAACUAUCAAGUGUUCCAAAAGGUAACUGAUCAUGCUACUACUGCCUUACUGCAUUACCAGUUGCCUCAAAUGCCAGAUGUGGUGGUUAGGUCAUUUAUGACCUGGUUAAGAAGUUACAUAAAGCUGUUCCAGGCUCCAUGCCAACGCUGCGGAAGGUUUCUGCAAGAUGGUCUACCACCCACAUGGCGGGAUUUUCGGACACUGGAGGCGUUCCAUGACACCUGUAGGCAGUAGUGCAACCUGGAGGCUGACAGAAGUCUGUGGAGGAAACAAACUCAGAAGUUGGGUCCCAAGAAACACCUCUUUACUGUUUUUCCAAAUAUCUGUAUGGACAACUCACAACUUAAUUUGUACAAAUUCAGCUUUAUGCACUUGGCUGGGGGAGAAAUGUAAAAAUAAGCACAGGGUAGGUGUUGGGGGCUGGAGGAGUUGGCAGUCUCACCCAUCAUUGCACUCAUCUUAGAGGAGCAUUUGGAGGUGCAGGGAGAGAGAGUAGUGGCCUUUGUAGUGGCCUAAAUUAUUGGCAAAUAAUUUAGAAUUUUGAUUUCCUUUCUCAUAUUUAUUUUUGUUUCAGAUACAGCAGACUUUUUGUUAUUUGUUGAAUUUCUAUAGUUUCCAAUUUAUGACAUGUAACUUUGAUUUGUUUCCUAAUUUUUAUAGAACCGGUUGGUUUAUGGUGCUGUACUAAUUUUUUCAAUGCCACAUGUAAGGAUGUUGCUAUUUGUUCAUGUUGUUUACAUAUCUUAUUCUUUCCUGCCACACUGCUGCUUUCAUAGUACCACACAUCAUUUUUUCUGGUAAAUCUAUAUCUGCAAUAGGUUCAAAAUGUCCUGAGAUGGUUGUGGAGAUGGCUUCCACAGCUAAUUGGCUGGUUAGUAAUGUGGCGUCAAAAUGCCAUGAUUGUGUGGUUCCAUGAAUGUUGAAAAUAGGAAAAGUAGACUAGAUUGGAGAAGGAUUAGGUCACCAGGAAGGUGUCUAUUUUUGCUUCUUGAAUUUAAGUGACGUGGAGAUAAAUAUAUAAUCUGUUCUAAAACCUCCCCCCCCCAAUGCCUUUGUGAGUAGGAACUAAAAUCCCUUUCUUUAUGAAUAAAUCACCGUACAUCAAUCAAAUCAUAUUUCUUAAGAAAUUUCUGAAGAAAAAUAGUUUUUGAUUUUGUUUUCUUAACAGUUAUUUAUAAUGGUGUAGAUCUGUCUCAAUCAGGAUCAGCAGCCCAGUUCAGGUUUCUAAAUAGGAUUGCUUAAUCCACCUUCUGCAAAAUUUUGAUACUGUUUUAAGUGUGGAAGUCAAAAUUAACUGAAUUUUAUUUGGGGCAUACAUAGAAGCUAAUGUGAAAGUUAGAGGAUCUGCAUUCUCUUUAAGAAAAAUAAAGCAGUGCUCUGUUUCUCUUUUAAUUUGCUUGCAGAAAAAGGGGAAAGAUUUUGAAAUAAAAUCUGAAAUCCAUCUUCUCCUUAAUUUGGUUGCCCAACCAUUUAGAAUUCAGGAUAAAGACUUUUACAGGUUCAGACAUAUAAAAAUAUAUAACUGAAAAUGAGAUACAUUCUGCAUCACUACAUAAGUAAAUAUCAAAAUUAAACAUAUAGUAAAAAAGAUUACCCAACUCCAAAUGACGAGCUCAUAAAUAUCGCUCCCAAUAUACUUGUGUCCCAUCAAGGUUCCAAACAUGCUAGAAAUUAAAAACAGAGAACAUUAACAAUGAACAAUACAUAAAUUAAAGCAGAAUUCCAUCAUAAUCAUAGAAUUCCGUAACACAAUAAUUUUGUUAUUUUAUAAAAGCCCAAUACUAACAUGAAGGGGAGAAAGCCAGUAAGACAGGGAAAAUGAUCACUUGCCCUCCCACAGUCUUGUAAGUAAAUGACAGUAUUAUUUCAAUGAAUUGCAUUAUAAAUUAACAGUAUUACAUAAAAACGUAACUGAUCUAUAAUCAACAAAAAGUCUUAUUAACCAUUUGCUAAUGAAAUAAAAGCAGUGGAAACACUUUUUAGGAUUUAAUUAAUUCAGUAUUUUGAUUACAGAGAAAAAGGAAAACAUAAAUUAUUAUUCUUCCUCCAGUUCUUCCAAAUUCCAUGAUGUUUCCAGAUUGCGUAGCAGUAGAAUAUGAUUUGCUUCUUUUUUGGUGAUGGCAGUGUGAGUAGCACCAUCGUGCUUCACACAGAGACAACAUGGUAAGCCCCAAUGAUAUCUGUACUGCCUACAAUUUCUCUGUAGCAGGUUUCAAGGCCUCUCUUCCCCCCCCCCAAUGUCUGUGCACUAAGAUCUUGCAGCACCAUAAUUUACUUAUUGUAAGUUAAGCCCCCCUUUUCUCUGACAGUUUUCAUAAAUUUGUUUGUAAUGAAAAUUUUGUCAAGACAAUGUCACGAGAAAAUGCUGCAAUAUUUUUGGUUUAGGAACUAGCGUGCAAUAAGCUCUUUUUGUGUUAGAGCAGACAUGUCUCACACGUUAAUUGCAAUCGACCAGUCGAUCAUGGGGUGGAUUUUGGUCAAUUGCCCCAUGGCUCAUAGGAAUUGAAAGAGACAAUGCCAGCUGGGAGGGCAGCGCACAGGGAAGCCCAUGCCGCCCUCAUUGCCUCCGCCCGCUGCCCUCUGCCAUGGCCGCUGAGCGCCCUAGCGCUCGCUCGGCUGCGGCUGGAGCGACUCCACAGCUGAAAUGGCCGGUCAAGGCUUGGCUUGACUUAGCUGGGCUUGCUCACCGCCGCAGCAGGUGCUCUGGCUGGCGCUGGCACCGCCUCCGCCUCCUCGCGGCCACCUCAAGCACCUCCUUCCUGCUCCAGGUGCUACUGAUCUUCCAUGCCGGCGGGCAGGUGCUUUGGUGCUCCCUUCUCCACUCUGCUGCUCUCUCCACACCCCAUUCCAGCUGCCGGCUUUGCCUGAUGCCCAGCUAGCUGGCUGGCCCAAGAAAGGCGCAAGGCACCUGCCCUCAGAAAGCCGCAGCCCCAAGCAGGUGUUGGCAGCGAUGAGGCGUGCAGACUCAACAUGGGCUGCAGCACUGUGGAGGGAGCUGUGGGAGAGAAACAAUGAUGCCCCUCCUCCCUCUGCCCCCUCUCGCUGGUUCUCGUGGAAAGAAAAGGCCAGGUCCCCCACCCCUCUGCUCUCCCUCCUAGUUCCUUUGGAACUGAUCUAAAUCUUUAAUUCUGGUGUCUCCCCCUAUUUUCCCAAUCAUCCACACAGUCAGAUAUCAUAGAAGAGUUUGGAUUUUUCCCCCCUGAGUUUUUCAAACCCAGUCCCAUAGUUUCGUUUGCAAUUAUUUCUAUUGUUUGUGUCUUCUGGAUAAUUUUUCUAGUUGAUUUGAUAGUGUCAAAGGCUUUUUGCCGCUCUGCAAAAAGUGGUAUGCAGGUAGUGUACUUUGACAUUAGUGCCUCCACGCUGUUGGAGAAGCAACAUCUCCUAGUACAGGUUUCCUUCGCUUGGCAGCCAUUUUGCGUACUUUGUUCCCACACUGUUUUUAUUUCUAAGAUUGUAACAAGCCUGAAAACGAAGACUCGCAGUUCUGGGGGAUGUUGUUUGCUGCUUCCGUCUGCAAGAUCAAAUAUACCUUUAGAAAGAUUUAAAGUCUGGUUUAAUCCAUUGAAAUCAGUUGUAAAGACUUUGUAAGAUCAGAGCUGUUCCUUCAAGCUGCUUUUUUUACUCUGUGCAUGUAUGACCCACCAUGAUGAUACUGUUUGUGGUCAUCAUCUAAAGCUUUGAGCUUUCAGGACUGAAACUUUGGGAUCAAUCACUGUCAUCUUGAUUUCCAGACGCCUGCACAGAUGGACUGUGUAGGUUUUGUCAAUAAAUUACUCAUAUUUUUGUAUGAAUUAAAGCUGGCUUUCAACUUC